CGGGGGCCGCCCAGUCGGCCUGUCAGCCGGCUUCGAGGUGCGUUCCUGCGCUUGCGCGGCGGCAGUGAUGAAAGCGAUGGCGGCGGAGGAGGAGGUGGACUCGGCAGACGCCGGUGGAGGGUCAGGAUGGCUGACAGGGUGGCUUCCUACCUGGUGUCCCACGUCUACAUCACACCUUAAAGAAGCUGAAGAGAAAAUGCUAAAAUGUGUCCCCUGCACUUACAAGAAAGAGCCUGUGCGCAUAUCCAAUGGAAACAGCAUAUGGACACUGAUGUUCUCACACAACAUGUCUAGUAAGACACCACUUGUCCUCCUGCAUGGUUUUGGAGGAGGUCUUGGACUUUGGGCCCUGAAUUUUGAAGAUCUAAGCACUGAUAGGCCUGUCUAUGCCUUUGACCUACUGGGCUUUGGAAGAAGUAGUAGACCUAGGUUUGACAGUGAUGCGGAAGAAGUGGAGAAUCAGUUUGUGGAAUCCAUUGAAGAGUGGAGAUGUGCCCUCAGGUUGGACAAAAUGAUCUUGCUUGGACACAACCUGGGAGGGUUCUUGGCUGCUGCCUACUCACUGAAGUACCCGUCAAGGGUCAGUCACCUCAUUUUAGUAGAACCAUGGGGUUUUCCUGAGCGACCAGAUCUUGCUGAUCAAGAGAGACCAAUUCCAGUUUGGAUCAGAGCCUUAGGGGCAGCAUUGACUCCCUUUAACCCCCUGGCUGGCCUCAGGAUUGCAGGACCUUUUGGGUUGAGUCUAGUGCAGCGCCUGAGGCCGGACUUCAAGCGGAAGUACUCCUCUAUGUUUGAAGAUGACACGGUGACAGAGUACAUCUACCACUGUAACGUACAAACCCCAAGUGGUGAGACAGCUUUCAAAAACAUGACGAUUCCUUACGGGUGGGCCAAGCGGCCCAUGCUCCAGCGCAUAGGUGGCUUGCACCCUGACAUUCCAGUUUCAGUGAUCUUCGGUGCCCGGUCCUGCAUAGAUGGCAACUCUGGCACCAGCAUCCAGUCACUGCGACCCAAGUCAUACGUGAAGACAAUCGCUAUCCUCGGGGCAGGGCAUUAUGUGUAUGCAGACCAGCCAGAGGAGUUCAACCAGAAAGUCAAGGAGAUCUGCCACACAGUAGACUGAGCACACUGAACCGUGUAGGAGCACCUGUACCUGAUGCCGUUCUCGGACAAGACCCAAGCCACAGGAAGAGUAAGACGUACAACCCAAGAACCAGGGAGCCUCCUGGACUGGACUCUGCAGUUUUCCAUAUUUAAACCAAUUAGUGCCUUCUAGAAGAAUGGCUUUCCUUUCUCCUGCACAAAAUUCAAAAUAUACGAGACUCUCUCAAUUUAAUAGUAGCCUUAAAUAAAGGUUGUCCUUCUGACGUACUGAAAAAUUGUGAUUUUUCAGCUGAGACUUUCUCAUUUUCACCUAACUGCUGGUUAGGUGCUUCUCGUACUGCAGUCUGUAUGCUGGUUUGACUAGCGACUUCAGGGUCUGCUACGUCAGAUGCUGUGAAGCUGCACUUUAUUUUCUUUGCAUGUAUUUACCAUCUUUUAACAACUAACAUAGUUAACCCAAGUAUUUUUAUGUAAAAAGAUUUCAAUUUAGAAUACUUCAUUUUGAGAUGGAGUUUAGAAUAUUUCAUUUUGAAAUGGAAUGAAAGGAUAGGUUUGAUGUAAAAGAUGGGAGUCGAUCACUAGUGUUAACGUUCCUUGUUUUCCUGUUUUAUGAUCAAGGCUGCAAAGCCAUUUUCAGCAUUUUAAAUGUGUUCCGUGGUGACCUACAGCUCACAGCAGCACAGCUCGGGAACCUUCUGUGUGAGAUCUGCAGGGUUCUCUGAGAACAUACGUGUAGACUCAGCAGUUCAAGUACCGAGUACUGAACCCGAAACCUGUCCCUGUCCUUCCCAGUGCUCCCAUGAACCAGGAUCUAGUGAAGGAACAGGUCUCAUCACCUACAGGGUUAUUCCAACUGUUGCCUCUCAGUAAACUGAGUCACACUGUGUUCUCAAGGACAGCCAACUUAAAUGGUGCUUAAACUGGAUUACAGUUUGCCACUAACAUUAAAAAUAUGUGGUGCUGUUACGUCUCAUGGCACCAGAAAUGAGAUAGAACUUGUGUUUAUUUUUUAUUGAAUAUUAUGUUAAUCUAAUCACUUACAUACUUGAAGUAAAAUUAUGAAAAAAUCUAUAAUGUUGUUUGAACUGUUUGGCAGAAACCACCAUUGAAUUUAUAACUUUCUGACAGUUUUUAAAAUGAAAGGAAAUUUGAAACUAUGAAAUUAUCCAUGUAGUAGCUGGAUGCUGAGAAAGCCUUCUGUACAAAUAACAAAGAACAAAGAGGAUUGUUACCAACAUUGUUUGUCCAAAAGAAAGGCAGAUUACACAAAUAAAAACUAAACCUCACAAAUCAUGACUUGAUGAUUUGGGCUAUUACGUUUUUAGUGGCUAAUCAGGAUUUUUUUGAAAAUAUAAAAUUAUAUCACAGUUAAUUAACUGCCAGAAAGAUUAACUCUACACUAUAGGAGAACAUGUAAAUCAUAUUGAAUCGUGACAAACAGCUUCCCAGUGACCUUUAUCUGACUCAUUAAAUGCUUUAGGCUAGUACAAGAAGCCACCAUGAGACCAAAAGUGCUUGCUUCUGCCACCUUGAGAAUAAAAAUGGCCUUCCCCCUUCAUAGUUAGUGUUUUUGAUGGCCAGACUCAAACUUGAGAGUGGUAUAACGUUUGGGCUGGACUCUUGUUUGACACUCACCAGCCUCAGUCAGUCAUAGUUUGCUGAGGGAAAAGUUUCUGCACAAGAAUCCGGCCCACCCAGAGAGACUGACUUCCUCACUGACUUGCUUUGCUUUAUUGGAAACAUGUUGUGAAGCUUCUUAAACGUGAAAUUUUCUGUGGUGUAUGUGAUUUUUGUAAAGGUUGAAGUAGUGAAGUUUAUAACCUGCGAAUUCUUGAGAACAGUGGUUGAUAAAUAUCUUUUCUUGUAAAAGGUCUCUUAACUAUCUUUGGUCUUUGCUAAGUUAUUGUACAGAAUAAACUCAACAGUGCUAGCA